AAUAAAACAGGAAGAUAAUGCAAAGAGGCAGGAUGUAAAAGAAUGCCUGUGCACGCGACAUGAGCAAUUAAAUGCUCUUGCAACUCGUGGCUGCAGUGCUUGACUGUUAGUGCAACAACAGGAACAAAUUGCAAGCUGACACCAUCAAUUCGCUGAAUUUUCUCCAGAAUUGACCGAUUUUUUACGGUCGCAAAUUGAAUUUAAUUGUUUUACUUAAAAUUAAACGAACAAUUUAUGCUAAAUUGAGUGAAUUAAAAAAUAAUUUCACUUUUUUCCUAUUUAAAAGAAAGAAAGAAAGUGCGAGUCUAAAAACGGGAAGGGCUCAUUCUCUGUCUAAAUGUUAAUUUUCUCAUAGGUCACAAUUUGAUAGACUGUGCAUAGUGCGUUGGCCCCAUUUACGAAAUUUCUCUCUCGUGAGAAUUAUUAUUAUCUAUGACAUUUACCAACGCACAAUUGAGAGAUGCGCGAAUGGAACCAGCAAAACACUAGUCGCAUAUACGUUUUCUGUGGCUAGAUUUACUGCGUGCGACUUGCGCGCGGCAUCAUGAAAAUUCAUCACGGAAGUUUUAGCGGCUUUCGUUUUCUAGAGCAUCGCAGAAAAUGCAAAUUUCAGCUUGGCAAGCCUCAAUUAGCCGCUAACGUGUGAUAAUUAGACUUAAGCAGCGUGAUAAAAUCUCAACCUUUCGCCACUGCAACACCCAGAAAGAUGCCAUCCAUCAUCUUUUGCUUUGCCUUUCAGCUGAUGCCAGGGGUUGUACGUUCCCUGAAAAUAUUAUGUCGCGAUAUCAAUUUGUAAUUAGGUAACCAGCACAGGUUUUGGUAAGUUCAGGGGCCACGCCGCCCGUCCGAGCUCCCUGACACCGGAUAUAGAUGUCUUUUUUAAUCGGAAUUUUCGCAAGUUUUGUCGAGUAUUUCAACUAAAUAAUUUUGGUGUAAAUCAACGUUUCAGUCAAUGGGUAGUUUCCCCCGUUUUAAAUUAAAUUAAUUGGGUUCUCAAGUGGUCUUAUUUUUGGUCUUAACUUUGUAAAAAAUCAAAUAUGAUGGCUUUGACAAAAAUUCAAUUUAUUUUACCUAAUUGGGUAUUUUAAUUGAAACUUGGUUUAAUUUGUUUAUUAUUAGCCUCCAUUGACAUCAAACUAGUAUUACAAGAGAAAUUGAGGAUUUUGAAUCAGUAUACCAGCGAUAACCGCUGCUUGAUUGCUAUUUUAAGAGUCGUUUUGUCUUUCCCCGUGGCAGAGGAUUCCCACGCCGAUUUAAAACGGAUCAACUGAAAUUAGUAAAAAAAACCUUUUCAGCUGAUUACAAGAACGAUUUAUUGGGCAAACAUAACAGUUGCAAAAACACUAUAAUGUGAAUUUCCUUUAUUUCAAAUUAUAUAUUAUUACUCCGUCAUUUUAACGGUGUUUUUAUAUUUAUAUUACCUUGAGGAUGAACAAUAAAAGUUUAAAUGUUUAUGAUCGAUUCUGGUGUUUGUGUAAAAUGUGGUAAAACUUACCUAAUGUUUUAUCUUAACAAAGGAAAUAGCAAUUUAAUUCCAGGUGAUACAAUGAAGUGCGCCUAUUGUAAGCAAAUGAUGUUUUAUUAAUUGCUGAGCUAUAGUGGGUGCAAGUUUAUGAUUUAAAGAUAGCUUAUUUUGACGUAGAGAUAUGUAUAGACGCUGCUUGUCUUUGUUAUAAAACAAAAAUUUGGCAGGAGGCAUAAUUGUUGAUAUCGCCGUUUUUGCAGCAGUGGGGAUUCUCGUAGUAUAAAAGAGCGAUGAAAGUGGGGCCGCACUCACUAUAGUUCACAACUACAGAUUUGCUAGCAUCGAGUACGAGUAUAGUGCGUGGUGUUUCUGGUUUUUUCUUUCAUCCCUUCAGGAGCUCCAAAAUGAGGGUUCUCCCUUGUCUUGGAUGCCUUUUGGUGUCAGUGGUGUCAGCUCAGGUGUUAGGCGGUGACGUGAUGGGUGGUGGCUACAAUUACGGCCCUCCUGCAAUGGGCUCAGGCUCGACGCAAGGAAAUCCCGGCGGUGCGUGGAACCAAGCACCGCCGCCCGCAACAAAUUCUGGUUGGUCUUCGAAUCCGGCUCCUGCCAACAAGGGCGGAUGGGACAAUAAUCAAUCUCCGCCGGCGGCACCCACUGGAGGGGGUUGGAAUCAAGGAGGCAACAAGGGAGGAGGGGGUGGCUCUUCUGGGUGGGCGCAGCAGGGUGGAAACUCAGGAGGGUGGGCACCGCAAGGAGGGUGGGCGCAGCAGGGUGGAGGGCCCCAGGGAGGUGGUUCUGCAGGGUGGUCCCAGGGAGGCGGUUCUAAAGGAUGGGCUCAGGGUGGUGGUGGUGGUGGUGGUGGCGGCUCCAAAGGGUGGUCCCAGGGUGGCGGCUCCAAAGGGUGGUCCCAGGGGGGCGGCUCCAAGGGGGGCGGCAGCAACGGGUGGCAACAAAAUAAUAAGGGAUCAGGCUGGCAAAAUGUUGGAGGAGGAGGCUCGAAGGGGUGGUCCUCAGGAGGAAGCAAGGGGUGGCCAUCAGGUGGAAACAAGGGGUGGUCAGGAGGGGGAGGCACCAAGGCAGGGUGGAGCUCACAAGGGGGUAACAAAGGCUGGUCCAGCGGAGGAGGGGGUAGCAAAGGUGGAUGGCCAUCAAAAGGUUCUAACAAGGGGUGGUCUGGAGGUAGUGGAGGUGCGGGCGGAGGUAUAAGUCAGAUUUUGAAUUUUAUUUUAAAGAGUAAAAGAAGUCUCCUCUCCAACAUAGGCAAGGGCUGGUCUGGGAAUGUAAAUAACAAUAAAGGCGGCGGGGGUUGGAGUAGCGGUGGAAAAGGUGGAUCAAGCGGAGGAUGGCCGCAGCAAGGAAAAGGAUGGCAGCAAGGAGGUGGCAGCGGCAAUAAAGGCGGAUGGUCGUCUGGAGGAGGCGGUGGCGGCGGCGGUUGGCAACAAGGAGGAGGAAGCAACAAGGGCUGGACCAACAAUUCUGGCGGAGGAAACAAAGGCGGAUGGAAUUCUAAUGGCGGCGGAGGCUGGCAGAAUAAUGGUGGAGGCAACAAUGGUUGGAACAGAGGAGGCAACAACGGCUGGGGAAGACGAGGAGAUCCUGCAGUUUGGCGGGGUUGAAA